AUGUGCCUGCUGGCGCCGACUAUAUCUUGCUCUGUGUCCUCACUUCUGCGGCUGCUUCUCGCCUACCUAAUCGUUCCCGCCAGCUGAAUUGGGGUUGUCGUCACGCGCGUCGUGCCGAGUCCCUUCGCCUUGUGGUGUCCACACCAUGGCGGAAAUGAAGCAGAGAGAAUUCCCCACACCCCCUUCAACCACUACCCCUGCGGCGGGAGGACCACCGUCGAUGUCAGCACCCGUCUCGUCCUUUGUACAUGUCUGCCCGUCCUCGGAGAGUAUACCAGCAGCAGCAGCAGCAGAGCCGGGCGGAGAGGAGGAAGUAGACGUCGACAACGCUGUUGACGGGAAGGGCAAGGGCAAGGGCAAGGGCAAGGGUACCGGGGGGACUGGCGAGGGUGGCGUUCCUUCCCCGGUGAAAGGGGAGGCUGCUGCAGCGAUCGCAGGGGCGCACGCCGCAGCUGUUGGGAGUGGCAGCAGCGGCAGUGGUGGCGGUGGCGGUGGUGGAACCGAGAAGUAUAAUUGGAUGCCCUCAUUGUGCCGGAGCAAACCGUCAAGGGAGUGCAUCCGGAGAGUGAGAAACGACAUCCGCAGCGCCAUGAGAGAUCCCAUACCCGGCCUGUUUGUCUACCCCGAUGAGGACUUGGUUACGGUGGUGCACGCCCUGGUCACUGGGCCGUUCGACACGCCAUACGAAGGAGGGUUCUUCUACUUUGUGCUGCACUGCCCGGACGACUACCCCCACAGCCCCCCAAGAGUGAGGCUCAUGACCACCGGAGGUGGCACCGUACGUUUCAACCCCAAUCUCUACGCCAACGGCAAGGUUUGCCUCAGCAUCCUCGGCACGUGGAACGGCCCGCGCUGGACCCCGGUACACUCCAUCUCAUCGGUGCUGCUGUCCAUCCAGAGCCUCAUGAACGAAAAGCCGUACCACAACGAGCCAGGGUUUGAGGCAGCGUCCAACCCGCAAGACGUGCGCGACUACAGCGACUGCAUCACGCACGAGACCUUGCGCGUUGCCGUGUGCGCGAUGGCGGAUGACUCCAGCCUGUCGAAUAGCAUGCCGGCUUGCUUCCAAGCGCUUACUCGAGACCUGUUUUUGUCCUUCGUUCCCCGCUACGAGCUCGUGUGCGAGCAGAACAUGCACAGAGACGGCGGGAAGCUGGUCGACCCUUUCGGGGAGAACAGGGGGACCUUUCGGUACGCCAGCAUCGCGCGAUCGAUCAAGCGCAUCGCUAGCUUGCUGGAGCCGGCCGCGCCUGCCGAAGCCGACGAAGUCGACCCCGUCGCGCCCCCACCCGGUCAGAACGUAGGCGCAAGAACGAUGCAGACGGACGAUGCUGCUGCUGCUGUCUCCGCCGCCGCCGCCGCUGCCGGUCCCGUUGCAGGGGAAGGCGAAGAUGGCUGUGGCGGAAGCCGGACCGGUGUUGGAGCGUCCUCCGCAGGCAGCGGCGGUAGUAGCAGCGGGGCUGGCAGCGUGUUAAGGGCCCUCCGAUAGUGAAGGAUGCGGCUUCCACCGCCUUGGAGGAGAGUGAUGCGAGCACGGGGAAAAAGCACCGUCGUAAUUAGAACGUGUUGUGUGGAGGUAUUAUAUGUCGUGCGUAGGCUCGCUUCUGAGCAGGGGUGCGCAGGGUCAGCGAGGGGGGUAUUGCUGGUGCCCCGAAACGUGGCGUGGAUGUGGCGAUGCGGACGUUGUAUUGAGCGGGCGUCGACACGACCAUCAUCAUCAUGGUGCGUGGCCUCGGGAAUACCACAACCUUAGUCAGAUACGCGUGCGAUCGUAUCGGCGAGGACGCUCUCACCACAAACAUCGCCGUCCAUCGACAGGCCGCCGAGUUUCUUUUCCCACCCCCACCACAUUUUGUGUUACAUCUAUUUGUUUGCGUGCGUGUCUGUUUGUUGUUUUUUGUUGCUUGGCAUCGAUUCAUCUAAUGGGGAUGUUCGUGCCCCAGCUGGAUUAGAAUCGCCUGAGUGUCUUCGGAUCUGGCGGCUUCCGUGGCAGUGUUUUCGCUGUGUGUGUGAACGUUUUUCUACGCUGCUGUGGCACGAGCUCGCUGCAUGUAAGUCCUGGCAUUCACGGCCAGAGCUGGAUCGAGUAGUUGAUGCAGUGCUUUCUUAUACCGGAGUCAUGUGUCCCGCCGUGUCUUGCGCGGAAGGCGCCUGGAGAAUGCUGGGUUUUCGAUGAACUAGAAUCAGCUGCAUGAUGUUGAUGUUAUCUUCACAAUAAAUCAUGAUCUCUCCGAUCUUUGCUCAGUACAUCCUAGAAUCCAUAGUCUACCAAGUUUGCGAGGAUGAGUUACCCCCUCUUGACAACUCUUGUUUCUGUUUGUGCUUUUCUGGAGACACGUCAUCUUUGUUUU